AUCGCAAGUGCGGCCACGGCACACACACGGAGCUUCCCUCUAUUGAAUCCAUUGUAUCUAGUCAAUGCAGUCGCCCUGAGACAGUAAACAAUCAAACCUUGUCUCCAUCUUUUGUCUUCCACCACCUGUCAUUAUCAUCAUAACCAUCCAUUGAUUCAUUAAGCACUGUACUGCUACCAAGCGCACCUAUUUCAACAACUUCACCAUGCCCACCGUCCUCCAGACAGCUGGCGACAUGGUCGACAACCUUGGAAACAAAAUCCAUUACACCACGCGAAGAGUCGGUGACCAGAUCGAGACCACUACCAACCAGGUCCUGCCGCCCAAGCAGCGCGAGCACAUGCUUGAGAGGGCUCGUGACUAUGCCCAUCAGAACCCGAAAGUAGCCGCCUUCCUGACCACCCAAGCCGCAUUGACUGGUCUCCCACUGGCCCUCUUCCUCGCCUUCGCAACAACAACUCUCCUCGUUUCCCUAUCAACCUGCCUCUUCCUGGGCCUCCUCGUCUCAAUCGCCAUCACCUUCUUCCUGGUCGGCUUCGCGCUCCUCUUCGUCGUCCCCACCAUCAUCAUCGCCAGCUGCUCAGCGACCUUCAUCUUCAUCUGGGGCUUCGUGGGCUACAUCAUCCUACGCAGGUUCAAUGAGGGUGAGGAGCCAGCUAAGCUUGGAACACCCGUUGGCGAUAAGUUGUACAAGUUAACAGGCGGUAGAUCGGGAUAUCUACAAAGCGAUCAGACAUCUUCGGAAAGCGGCAAUGACAGAAGGAGGCUGGAUAGUGGAAAUGCUACAAAGGGCACUAAUGGCAGUGCUGGGCACGCACAUGGUGGUGUAUCGUCGCACAAGGGCGAUGGCGGGCCUGUGAAUAGCGUGAAUGGUGACAAGGGCGCUGUUGAGUGGGAGAGGAAGUGGGCGGAUGGCGUGCAGCCGAAGCCUGUGGUCUUGGAAACUGAGAACGUCUUUGAGGUCCUGAAAGCGGAGGCUCCAGUUUCCUAGAAGCGUUCCUGGGACUCGAGUUCGGUUUGCAGGUCUUGACGUAUCAUUAUCCCUAGAGCAUAUCCUCACGAAAUCGCGCUGCCCUAAACAUACCGGCCGAAACCCCCUGUGAUCUUCAGAUCCUCAUGGCAUGUGCUAUAUGCUACUUUGCUAGCAACGUCCCCGGCAUCUCUUCGUAGAAUAUGACAUCACGUGCAGCUUUGGUCUUCUAGUGUCUACUUAGGUAUAAAAGCCCUGCUCUCAGUCC